UUAAAUCAAAUAUGUAUUAUUUAUGAAGUAACAUACACUACAAAUCGAUUUACUUUGGUUACGUAGGCAGUUAAGCCGAGUCGUUUAGUGUACAAUCAAAGCGAGUUCGUUUCAAUAAAUUGGAAUGCCUGAAUUUUAUAAUAGUUCUGCGUGCCUUUUAUUAAAAUGAAAUAGAAUUAACGUAGAUACUAAAUCUAAGUUACGUAUUUUAGUUCAUUUUAUGUAAAAUGGUAAAUUAUAUCCACUAAUUAUUUUUAACUUGUGAUCAAAGAAAUUUCUCAAGACUUCUUUAAAGCAAGCAGUAAUGUGGAAGCGGCUCGCGUGGUGGUGGAAGAUCAUUAAACAGUAUUUGAGUAAUUGCAGCAUCCACGGUGUCAGAUACCUCGUGGAUAAUCGACUCUCGUAUCCGGAGAGGCUCUUUUGGCUGAUCUCCUGUAUUCUGUGUUGGUACGGAUGUGUCUAUAUGAUUGUAAAUGUUCUGAGGAACUACAUCUACUCUCCUGUGGCUGUGACCGUGGAGACUACGUACGUCGAUUGGGAAACACCGUUUCCCGCGAUCGUUUUCUGCGUUUCUAACACAAAAACCAUGAAAAAAGAUUACUUUAAACGGAAUCCGGGUAUGUUCUCGAAUUAUUCCAACCCAAAUCUGCUCCGGGCAACACCGGAGGAGCUGCUGUCCGCUUACGACAAGAUGAGAUACCCGUGCAUGGAUUUGUUGGCCGACUGCACGUGGAACAACAUCAAGUUCAAUUGUUGCUCGGAAUUCCAAGAACUGCGGAAAACAGGAGUUGGUUAUUGUCUCGGUAUGAACACAUAUCACCUGGGCGACAAUAGCGUGCGGUAUUUCAUCAAUCGGACCGUGAAAUAUGGUGACCUCAUCAUCGACGUUCACAUGGCCGCGAAAUCGAAGACGUUUCUCCUCACCGCAUUCUCAGUGCACGUGUUUAACAAUCUGCAGAUGCCGACGUUCAAAAAUUUAGAGAAGGACGAGAUACACAUGAAGGCCGGACGAACGACACGAAUUGAAUUUACGAUGUAUGAUACAUUCAACGGGGCUGGCGUAGAGAAUGUCGCUGUCGGGUAUAGGGAUUGUCGAUUCCGACAUGAAAAACGACGAGACAGCAUGUUUACCGUUUACAGCAGCGACACGUGUUAUCUCCAACUGAUCAUAGAGCGGAUGCUCGAGCUCUGCGGUUGCGUGAACUUCUAUUAUUCUGUACCGCGCGGGGCACGAGUAUGCAACGGGACCGAAAUGCUUUGUAUCAUAGCUAAUAAGGCGGAGAUUACGGCGCAAUCGAUCGAAGGUGAAGAAGAAUGCCUGCCCAACUGCGAUGGAACAUCCCUGACAAUAAAUCGAUGGGAGCCUCAUGAGUAUGAUUCACCAGGUCGGUCCUACUCACGGCUUCAUUUUACGCUGCUUAGUCACCCAACGGUGCGGUACCGGCGAUAUGUAGUCAACGAUGUGUUGGACGUUAUAGUUUCAGUUGGUAGCGCGGUCGGUCUGUUUAUGGGGGCUAGUAUUAUGAGCAUAUUCGAAAUACCAUACUGGUUGUUUAUCCGCCGUGACAAGAUAGCGUAACCAGAUGCCGGUAACCGGGGUACGCAGUUGGAUUCACAUCGCCUUGUUUCGUUUAUUGGAUAAAGAAAAUAGAAAAAUAAAAGAAAAGGCAAACAUAUCAUGUACGACGAUGAAGAUUA